AUGGUAUCAGAGUUUUUUUUGGGUGGUUUUCAAGUGUUCUCUGAGAAUCCAGAGGCGGCGUAUAUAAUAGAAGAUCUUACUUCUUCAGGUUUUGAACAAGGACGUGGUAAUGGUCAGGCGGAGUCAACUAACAAGACGGUCAUCCAAAAUUUGAAGAAGAAGCUAGAAGAUGCCAAAGGGCCAUGGUCGUCAAAGCAACCAGAAGUGUUGUGGGCUUACAGAGCCACAGCAAAAUCCAUUACCGGUGAAACACUUUUCUCCCUUGUAUAUGGGGCGGAGGAGUUGAUUAUGGUAGAAGUCGGAGCUUAUUGUCUAAGGUACAACUGGGCACAAGAACAAUCCAAUGAUGAAGGAAUGCUAGUACAGUUGAAUUUACUGGAAGAGCACAGAGAUUUCGCGUAUGUCCGGAUGGUUGCACAAAAAUAA